AUAUUCGUGAGAAACAAGUAAUAAUAAUGAAUUAAUUAUUGUUCACUUUCAAUUUCACUCUCUCUUUCUGCAUCUCAACACCAAACCCUUUGGUUUGCUCGACAGGAUCGUGAGAAACGACUCACUCCAAAACUUUGUCCUAGCUGAAGCCAUGUCUUCUUUUCUUCCUGCCACAACAGAGUCCAUUGCUCAGGCAUUGGAGGCUAAAGAUCCAUCUGAGGCCAUUUCCAUUCUUUAUCGUGUGCUUGGUGAUCCUUCAUCUUCUCCCGAAGCUCUGCGCAUGAAAGAGCAGGCCAUCACAAACCUCACCGACCUUCUCAGGCAAGAGAAUAGAGCAGAGGAUCUGCGUAGCCUUCUCACUCAAUUGAGGCCCUUCUUUUCGUUGAUUCCUAAGGCAAAAACUGCAAAGAUUGUGAGGGUAAUAAUUGAUUCUGUUGCUAAAAUACCAGGGACAUCUGAUUUACAAAUUUCACUCUGCAAAGAAAUGGUGCAAUGGACUCGCGAUGAAAAGCGUACCUUUCUUAGGCAGCGAGUUGAGGCAAGGCUUGCCACUCUUUUGAUGGAAACUAAGGAAUAUUCACAAGCUUUGACUCUACUUAAUGGCUUGGUCAAAGAGGUUAGAAGAUUAGAUGAUAAACUCCUACUUGUAGACAUAGACUUGCUUGAAAGCAAGCUACACUUCUCCUUAAGAAAUUUUCCCAAGGCAAAAGCUGCACUAACAGCUGCAAGAACUGCUGCUAAUGCUAUUUAUGUUCCACCGGCUCAACAAGGUGCGAUAGAUUUGCAGAGUGGGAUUCUCCAUGCUGAAGAGAAGGAUUACAAAACUGCAUAUAGUUAUUUCUUUGAAGCUUUUGAGUCUUUCAAUGCUCUUGAAGAUCCCAAAGCUGUCUUUAGCCUAAAAUAUAUGUUGUUGUGUAAGAUCAUGGUGAGUCAAGCAGACGAUGUAGCUGGAAUCAUAUCCUCUAAAGCAGGCCUGCAAUAUGUUGGUCCCGACUUGGAUGCGAUGAAAGCUGUUGCAGAUGCUCAUUCUAAAAGAUCCCUAAAAUUAUUUGAAACUGCUUUGCGAGACUACAAGGCGCAGUUGGAGGAAGAUCCAAUUGUUCACAGGCACUUGUCAUCCCUGUAUGAUACCCUUCUUGAGCAGAAUCUUUGCAGAUUGAUUGAGCCAUUCUCAAGGGUUGAGAUCGCACAUAUUGCUGAACUCAUUGAACUUCCCAUGGAUCAUGUGGAGCGGAAGAUGUCUCAGAUGAUUUUGGACAAGAAGUUUGCUGGUACUCUGGAUCAGGGUGCUGGAUGCCUUGUCAUAUUUGAUGACCCUAAGACUGAUGCUAUAUAUCCUGCAACAUUAGAAACCAUUUCUAAUGUUGGGAAAGUUGUGGACAGUCUUUUCGUAAGGUCCGCCAAGAUAAUGGCAUGAGAUCUCCAUUUGGUUACUUCAAUUGUGAUUUGAAUCUAUGAUAUACUUUUGUUGAUGUUUAAUUCUAAAUGAUGAGCUGGAUAGUAUUUGUUUAGUUUCUGAAUUUGUCAAAUUCAAAGAUAUUCUUAGUUUUUGAAUCUAUCGAUUAAACCAUUUCAUUAUGGCCUUAUGAUUAUGUGUUUUGAUAUUUAUUCAUGAAUAUUACAUUUGGUGAAAGGGUUGAUAUCAAAAGGUGUCGCUUUUUGCACGAA